AUGAUGGAGGCGACAGACGGUGCUUUGACUUCGACGCCGAACUGGAGCCGGAUUCCAAUUCGGAUUGCCUCUGCCUCGGAGGCCGAUGAUGACGAGCUGCCUGACGACGACUUCUUCUUCGGCGGCUAUGAGCCCUCGGAUCCUCCUGAGGCUUCCACGUGGUCAGCGCCUCCUGCAAGGCCGGUCCAGGAGACCAUGGAUGUUGAGCCCACUUCGCCACCAGCUAGAUGGAGAUGCUUGAAGUGUGACUCCACCAACUUGACAGAGAUCGGAACCAUGCAGUGGAGAUGCCGUGACUCCACUCGCGAGGAGUUCUACAAGGACGACCAAGACCCCGAGCCAAGCCUAGAAGGCGACAACGACCCAGAACAAGCAGAAUCUGAACAGAGAACCAAUGACCCCGUCGUGGACCGCGAGGACAUGAAUGUGGGCGGCGCUGCCGGCGGCGACCAGACCUGGAGGGACUCUAAUUCCUCCCCGACUUCAUGGAACUCGAAGAAAGGCCCUAUGCCUGGGGUCAAAUGGAAGAGCGGCCAACCCCCGGCCGUUCCCCAAUGGAAGUACGACCAGAACGACAUGAGAGCUUAUGCCAAGUUCCGCAAGAAGACUGACAUCUGGAAACUCCAAAUGGAAUCCUAUGCCAGCAAGAAGGACCAAGCUUUGCUUCUUUAUGCCGGCUUGACCGGCGAGUUGGAACAAGAACUUGAGCACCUGGACAUGAGCCAGAUCCACAAGGAUGAUGGAGUGGAGGUGAUCAUGGAGCUGCUCAAGAAGCCCUUUGAGCAGCGCUUGACAAACCAGAAAAGAAGAUUCCUCCAUGAGUUCGAAACCUUCCGCUGCCAAGGAGAGACCAUGCGGGGCUAUGUCCAGCGCUUCAGGAGAGUGCAGCGAUCACUCACUGCUGUGGGUGUGAACAUCUCCGGCACCUUUGAUGCCGACUCGCUCGGCUCCCGCCUCUUUGACAGAAGCGGUCUCUCACAUCAGGACCAGAAAUGGUCUGAAGAUUUGGAUGCGUUUGGUAUUGAGCCAAGCCCAGCUCUACGCAAUCCACGCCUUCGGCGAAAGGAUCGGAGACUUCGGGACGAUGCGGUGCUUUCCGUGAACAUGCUGAGAUGCAAUUCAACUUAA